GGCAGCGGCGGCGGCAGCGGCCUCCCCUUCGUCCUCCUUCCCUCCUUCCCUCCUCCCGCCCGCCCAGCUCGCCUCCCGGCUGCCCUUGUGCCUCACACACCCCCCUGGCCUCCUCCGUCCCGGCGCUUGCUCCGGGAGCUGAGCCGGCCCCGCCUGAGGAGCAGCAGUGGCGGGAAGAUCCAGCUUCCUUUGGUCAAGUACAGCUUUCUACCUUGGUGCUGAGAAUCCUUAAAGAUAGUGAGUCGGGUCCAGUGGCAUCCCAAGUGAUGGUGAAUGCAGUCCUAAGAAUAUAAGUGCCGUAGCAGCAAAAGCAGUGAUCGUGUGUCUGUCCUCGUGUCUGAGUCAGCGAUACCAUAGUAGAGCCACCGUAAUUAGUUGUUUGACAUAUAGCUUCUAGAGCGCCACAAGGAGGCUGAGAGGUGACACGGACCUGAGAGGUCAAGGUCGACAUUGCAGCCAGUUAAGUAGUGGAAGAGAAGCUCAAGUUUGGCUCUCCUGACUUGGAAAAUCUGAGUACAGUGGGACAAGCUUUCUCAAGAGUUUGGGCCUAGAGCUGAUGGCAGACAAUGUCAACAACUAACAACAUAGCCCAGGCUCGGAAGCUGGUGGAACAACUCCGCAUCGAGGCUGGAGUGGAGAGGAUCAAGGUGUCCAAAGCCUCCUCGGAGCUCAUGAGUUACUGUGAACAGCACGCCCGGAAUGACCCCUUGCUGGUGGGAGUGCCUGCCUCAGAGAACCCCUUCAAGGACAAAAAGCCUUGUAUCAUCCUAUAGCUCCAUCCUCCUGGGCAUACACAGCCUCUCUCCCUGGCAGGGCCAUCCCCAUUCAGUAUCGAUUUCGAGCCAAACCUGUCCGAAGUCACAAAAACUCUCGACAGUCAAAAACAUCCCCAGCACCACUGCGGCCGCAGCCGCCACCACCACCACCACCACCACCGUGAGGAGGGGCGAACAGUAUGCUUUGUGUUUGGGUGGAAAAUCAGAUCCAGCAUACCCACAAGGCGGGGUCAGCAUACCAAUUUGAAGCAGUCUAAACGUCCCUGGGAGGAAGAGGAUAGGGGCAGGGUUCUGAUGUGUUUUUUUUU